AUGGAGGAGCACCUGCUGCUCCUCGCCCGCGCAGACGGGGGCGGCCUCGUGGGCGGCGAUCCCAACGAGCGUCCGUCCUUCUACAAAGGCGUCGGCAUAGGCCUCGCCGUCGCCUCGGGACUCUUCAUCGGCGUCUCCUUUGUCCUCAAAAAGAUCGGCCUCUUGCGCGCCAACGACAAGUACAACGAGGUCGCCGGCGAGGGCUACGGCUACCUGCGCAAUGCGUACUGGUGGGGCGGCAUGAGCCUCAUGAUCCUUGGCGAGAUCUGUAACUUUGUCGCGUACGCCUUUACGGAUGCCAUCCUCGUCACGUCGCUCGGUGCGCUGUCGGUCGUCAUCACCACAAUCCUCUCGGCCAUCUUUCUCAAGGAGAGGCUCAGUAUGGUGGGCAAAGUGUCGUGCUUUCUCUGCGUCGUGGGCUCCGUCGUCAUUGUCAUGAAUGCCCCCCACACGUCCGCCGUCAGCGACAUCCAGGAGAUGCAAGGGUUUGUCAUCACGCCGUGGUUCCUGACGUACGCGGGCGUCAUCAUCGUCGGGUCCGUCGCCGUCGUCUUCUGGGUGGCGCCCAAAUGGGGCGCCAAGAACAUGCUCGUCUACAUUUCGAUAUGUAGCUGGGUGGGCGGCUUGAGCGUUGUGGCCACGCAGGGCCUGGGCGCCGCCCUGAUCGCCUGGAUAGGCGGCAAGCCCCAGUACAAGGAGUGGUUCUUCUGGAUCCUCUUCGUCUUCGUGAUAGCGACGCUGCUGGUCGAGAUUGUCUAUCUCAACAAAGCCCUCAACAUCUUCAAUGCCGCGCUCGUCACGCCCACCUACUACGUCUACUUCACCAGCACCACCAUCAUCACGUCGGCCAUUCUUUUCAAGGGGUUCAAAGGCACGGCCGAGCAGAUUGUCACCGUGCUCUUGGGCUUCCUCACAAUCUGUGCCGGCGUCGUACUGCUUCAACUGUCAAAAGCAGCCAAGGAUGUGCCCGACGCAGCUGUCUUUACGGGAGACCUCGAUCAAAUACACACCAUUGCCGAGCAGGAGCAGCCCGAGACCGAGCCCAAGGCCGACGCCAUCCGCGGUACCGCCGCCAUUGUACGUCGCAUCUCGAAUGCCCGCAUACGAAUGGAGGCAGAUGAGCUGCGCAGGCUACACGAGGAGAAGAUGCUGGAUCAGAUGCAGCCCAUCAACGAGGACGGGCAGGCACAGCCGCCAGAGUACGAGUGGGACGGUUUGCGCCGGCGUCGGACGACGAUAUCCCGAAGACCCAUCACGGCAGAUACCGCGCGCACGUCCAGCACGCCGCAUCUGCCCAGGAGCCCUGUCCAUCCCCCCUUGGGCAUGUCGCGCUUCCCGGAUAUUGACGACGAAGAUGACAACGAUCAUCACGAUGACCAUGACGACCGCAGCACCAUCUUCUCCAGCAUCGCAGGCAGCCUAAUGCGCGGCCGUGGGCGGGCGCGGACCACCAACACCAUGCCCACGUAUGACGAGGAGGAGUUCCGACCGAGCCUAGAGCAGGGCGACCGCCAAUUGUCUGUCCCGCUGAAUAAUGUGUCCUUCAACUCCCAAUCGGAAAAGUCACUCGAGCCCCCUCGAACAACGUACCAGCCGAGCCUGUACGCGCAGGACACGGCCUACCGGGGCGCAGGCGCCAGCAGCUCGCGGGCGAACACCAGCAGGGGCAGCCUCAAGCCGCCGACCCCACCGCCACAUGGCGGUGCCAAGCGGCAGUUCUCCUUUAAUCGUGUCUUUCGGAAAGCAGAGUCGCCCACGGAGGAGGAGCGCGCCGGGCUGGUCGAUGAUGGAAGGGAUACUAGGACGAGUGAGGACCAGGGACCGGGGGGCGAGAGUCGCGGUGGUGCAUUCAUGUGA